AUUUUUGCCGAUUUCAAGAUUUUAGCUUUCCAAAAUCCUGAAUUCAAGAUCUUGGCUGAUUUCAAGAUUUUAGCUUUCCAAAAUCCUGAAUUCGAGAUUUUUGCCGAUUUCAAGAUUUUAGCUUUCCAAAAUCCUGAAUUCAAGAUCUUGGUCGAUUUGAAAAUUUUAGGUUUCCAAGAUCCUGAAUUCAAGAUUUUGGACGAUUUCAAGACUUUAGCUUUCCUAAAUCCUGAAAGCAAGAUCUUGGCUGAUCUCAAGAUUUUAGCUUUCCUAAAUCCUGAAUUCGAGGUUUUGGCCAAUUUAAAGAUUUUACCUUUCCAAAAUCCUGAGCUCAAGAUCGUGGCUGAUUUCAAGAUUUUAGCUUUCCAAAAUCUUGAAUUCAAGUUCUUGGCUGAUUUCAAGAUUUUAGCUUUGCAAAAUCCUGAAUUCAAGAUUUUGGCCGAUUUCAAGAUUUUAGGUUUCUAAAAUUCUGAAUUCAAGAUCUUGGGUGAUUUCAAGAUUUUAGCUUUCCAAAAUCCUGAAUUCAAGAUUUUGGCCGAUUUCAAGAUUUUAGCCUUCCUAUGUCCUGAAUUCAAUAUUUUGGCCAAUGUGAAGACUUUAGCUUUCUAAAAUCCUGAAUUCAAGAUCUUGGCUGAUUUCAAGAUCUUAGCUUUCCAAAAUCCUGAAUUGAACCUUUCGGCCAAUUUAAAGAUUUUUGCUUUCCAAAAUCCUAAAUUCAGGAUUUUGGCCGAUUUUAAGAUUUUAGGUUUCCAAAAUCCUGAAUUCAAGAUUUUGGUCGAUUUCAACUUUUUAGCUUUCCAAAAUCCUGAGUUCAACAUUUUGGCCGAUUCUAUGAUUUUAGCUUUCCAAAAUCCUGAAUUCAAGAUUUUGGCCGAUUUCAAGAUUUUAGCUUUCCAAAAUCCUGAAUUCAAGAUCUUGGCUGAUUUCAAGAUUUUAGCUUUCCAAAAUCCUGAGUUCAAGAUCUUGGCUGAUUCCAAGAUUUUAGCUUUCCAAAAUCCUGAAUUCAAGAUUUUGGCCGAUUUCAAGAUUUUAGCUUUCCAAAAUCCUCAAUUGAACAUUUUGGCCAAUUUAAAGAUUUCAGCUUUCCAAACUUCUAAAUUCAAGAUUUUGGCCGAUUUUAAGAUUUUAGGUUUCCAAAAUCCUGAAUUCAAGAUUUUGGUCGAUUUCAAGAUUUUAGGUAACCAAAAUCCUGAAUUCAACAUUCUGGCCGAUUUUAUGAUUUUAGCUUUCCAAGAUCCUCAAUUCAAGAUUUUGGCCGAUUUCAAAAUUUUAGCUUUCCAAAAUCCUGAAUUCAAGAUUUUGGCCGAUUUCAAGCUUUUAGCUGUCCAAAAUCCUGAAUUGAAGAUUUUGGCCGAUUUCAAAAUUUUACCUUUCCAAAACCAUGAAUUCAAGAUUUUGGUCGAAUUCAAGAUUUUAGCUGUCCAAAAUCCUGAAUUCAACAUUUUGGCCGAUUUCAAGAUUUUAGCUUUGGAAAAUCCUGAAUGCAAGAUCUUGGCUGAUUUCAAGAUUUUAGCUUUCCAUAAUGCUGAAUUCGAGAUGUUCGCUGAUUUCAAGAUUUUAGCUUUCCAAAAUCCUGAAUUCAAGAUCUCGGCUCAUUUCAAGAUCUUAGCUGUCCGACAUCCUGAAUUCAAGAUCUUGGCCGAUUUGCAAAUUUUAGCUUUCCAAGAUCCUGAAUUUAAGAUUUUGGCCAAUUUUAAGAUUUUCGCUUUCCAAAAUCCUGAGUUCAAGAUCUUGUCUGAUUUCAAGAUUUUAGCUUUCCAAAAUCCUGAAUUCAAGAUCUUGCCUGAAUUCAAGAUUUUGGCCGAUUUCAAGAUUUUAGGUUUCUAAUAUUCUGAAUUCAAGAUUUUGGCCAAUUUCAAGACUUUAGCUUUCUAAAAUCCUGAAUUCAAGAUCUUGGCUGAUUUCAAGAUCUUAGCUUUCCAAAAUCCUGAAUUCAACGUUUCGGCCAAUUUAAAGAUUUUUGCUUUCCAAAAUCCUAAAUUCAACAUUUUGGCCGAUUUUAAGAUUUUAGGUUUCCAAAAUCCUGAAUUCAAGAUUUUUGCCGAUUUCAAGAUUUUAGCUUUCCAAAAUCCUGAAUUCAAGAUCUUGGCUGAUUUCAAGAUUUUAGCUUUGCAAAAUCCUGAAUUCGAGAUUUUUGCCGAUUUCAAGAUUUUAGCUUUCCAAAAUCCUGAAUUCAAGAUCUUGGUCGAUUUGAAAAUUUUAGGUUUCCAAGAUCCUGAAUUCAAGAUUUUGGACGAUUUCAAGACUUUAGCUUUCCUAAAUCCUGAAAGCAAGAUCUUGGCUGAUCUCAAGAUUUUAGCUUUCCUAAAUCCUGAAUUCGAGGUUUUGGCCAAUGUAAAGAUUUUACCUUUCCAAAAUCCUGAGCUCAAGAUCGUGGCUGAUUUCAAGAUUUUAGCUUUCCAAAAUCUUGAAUUCAAGUUCUUGGCUGAUUUCAAGAUUUUAGCUUUGCAAAAUCCUGAAUUCAAGAUUUUGUCCGAUUUCAAGAUUUUAGCCUUCCAAAAUCGUGAACUCAAGCUUUAAGCCAAUUUAAAGAUUUUAGCUUUCCAAAAUUUUGAAUUCAAGAUUUUGGCCAAUUUUAAGAUUGUAGCUUUCCAAAAUCCUUAGUUCAAGAUCUUGGCGGAUUUUAAGAUUUUAGCUUUUCAAAAUCUUGAGGUCAAGAUUUUGUCCCAUUUUAAGAUUUUAGAUUUUUAAAAUCCUGACUUCAAGAUUUUGAAUGAUUUCAUGAUAUUAGCUUUCCAAGAUCCUGAAUUCAAUAUUGUCGCCGAUUUCAAGAUUUUAGCAUUCAGAAAUGCUGAAUUCAAGAUUUUGUCCAAUUUCAAGAUUUUACCUGUCCAACAUCCUGAAUUCAAGACCUUGGGCGAUUUGAAAAUCUUAGCUUUCUACGAUCCUGAAUUCAAGAGUUUGGCCGAUUUCAAAUUUUUAGCUUUCCUAAAUCCUGAAAGCAAGAUUUUGGCCGAUUUCAAGAUUUUAGCUUUCGAAGAUCCUGAAUGUAAGAUUUUGGCCGAUUUCAAGAUUUUAGCUUUCGAAAAUCCUGAAUUCAAGGUCUUCGCAGAUUUCUAAAUUUUACUUUUCCAGAAUCCUUAAUUCAAGAUUUUGGGCGAUAUCAAGAUUUUAGCUUUUCAAAAUUCUGAUUUCAAUUAUUUUGGCCUAUUUCAUGAUCUUAGCUUUCCAAGAUACUAAGUUCAAGAUUUUGGCCGAUUUUAAGAUUUUAGCUUUCCAUAAUCCUGAAUUCAAGGUCUUGGCUGAUUUCAAGGUUUUAGCUUUCAAAAAUCCUGAAUUCAAAAUCUUCGCGGAUUUCAAAAUUUUACUUUUCCAGAAUCCUGAAUUCAAGAUUUUGGGCGAUAUCAAGAUUUUAGCUUUUCAAAAUUCUGAUUUCAAUAUUUUGGCCUAUUUCAUGAUUUUAGCUUUCCAAGAUACUAAGUUCAAGAUUUUGGCCGAUUUCAAGAAUUUAGCUUUCCAAAACCCUGAAUUCAAGAUCUUGGCUGAUUUCAAG